CUAUAAAAGCGGCGCUCCCUCGGAUCGGCAAUCAAAGUAGAACUUGAAUUCACUCUGUAAACAUGAACUGCCUGAAGAUCUGCGGCUUUGUCUUUGCCCUAAUCGCUGCUCUGGCGACAGCAGAGGCUGGCACCCAAGUCAUUAACGCCGGCGGACACACACUAAUUCAAACCGAUCGCGGUCAAUAUAUACGCAAAAAUUAAAAUUAAACAGCACAAACACAGUUUUAAGCAAAUAAAAAAUAUGUAAACAAAA